AUGUGGAAUAAAGAAAUGGCUGCGAUACCCAUAGCGCUGGCUAUUUACACUUCAAUUGGAUCUCAACAGCAAAAACGAGAAGCUGAAAAAACAAGACAGUUUGAUUUGGAACAAGCUGAAAAACUAAGACAACGAGCACUUUAUGAUGAGUUUUUAAAUAAUAUCUAUAAACUGGAUAAAGAUGGUUAUCUCAAUGACACAAAAAAUCCAUGGGCAUUUGCAAAUGCAUAUUAUCGUGCUGCUCAUCGCCAAUGGGAUACAGUACGUAAAGGAGAUGUUUUACAGUUUCUUAAAGAAAAACAAUUAAUUGGGAGAAAUAAUUGUACUGAUGGAUGUAAAACAACAAAUUUAGAUGAUAUAAUUCGUUUGAAUGAGUUAAACUUUGAUAAUGUACGUCUAACAAGUCAAACAGGUGUAUUAAAUAAGCUGAAUUUACAAUGUGUUUCUUUUGAUCAAGUGUCAAUGUCAAAUGCAAUAUUUUCAUCUGUUAACUUAAAUGGUGUAUCAUUUGAUGGGGGACGAUUAGAUAAGGUGCAAUUUGAUGGUUCAUCUUUAGUUUGUGCUAGUUUUAAUGGUGUAAAUCUGUCUGGAGCAGAUUUUACGAACUCAGAUCUAACAGGUGCAAAUUUUUCAAACAGUGAUUUGUCAGGAGCUAAAAUAACGGAAAAUCAAAGAAAACAAGCAUCAUUUCAUAAUGUAACAAUGCCAACCGGGGAGAACAGUGAAACUAUAUCAUCAACGGCAACAAAAAAAUCUAUAACACAAACAACAACAAUAAUAAAAGCAAUAACGUCGUCAACUGCAUCAUCAUCGACAUCAAUCGUAGCUUGUGAUAAUACAUUUCUUAAUGAAACUAUCUACUCAGUUGGUUUGCGCCCAUAUGCAGUAGCAGUUGCCGAUGUGAACAACGAUAGUAAACCCGAUAUUGUCAUUGCAAAUCAGGGUUCAGCCACCAUCAGUGUUCUUCUGAAUACAGGCAACGGCAAUUUUUCUCCUCAAUCUACUUACUCAGUUGGUUUACGCCCAUACUCAGUAGCAAUCGCCGAUGUGAACAACGACAACAAACCCGAUAUUGUCACUGCAAAUAGCGGUUCAAACAGCAGUAGUGUUCUUCUGAACACAGGCAACGGCAGUUUUUCUCCUCAAGUUGCUUUCGCAGUUGGCGCAUUUCCAGAGUCAGUAGCAGUAGUCGAUGUGAAUAACGACAAUAAACCGGAUAUUGUCACUGCAAAUGUUAAUUCAAGCACUGUCAGUAUUCUUCUCAAUAUUGGCAAUGGUAUUUUUUCUCCUCAAAUUACUUACUCAGUUGGUGUAAGUUCACGAUCAGUAGCAGUAGCCAAUAUGAACAGUGAUGAUAAAUCCGAUAUUGUCGCGGCAAUCUCUGCGAAAUACAUUCUCCGUGCUCUUUUCGAUACAGACAACGACACUUCUUCUCCUGAUAUCAGCGUCACUCCUUUUCCGGAGACUACAGAGCCUUUGCAAGCAUCGACCACCGUAGCUUUGCAAGAAUGGACCCACAAAACAUCGCAAGUACCGACCGAUGAAGCUUUGCAAACAUCGACCCCCACAACUUUGCAAACAACGACUAUCGAUACGACAACGACUACGAGCACAACAACGAGUACAACAACGACGACAGAGACAACAUUGACUACGAGUACAACAACGAGUACGGAAGUGAAUGAGGCAACGAUUGCGACUACACCAGCGAGUAUGGACAUGGCUAAGCCAAUAAGUAUGGGAAUAACAGAGGAAACGAGUACGGAAAUGAAUGAGGCAAUGACUACGGAGACAACAACGACUAAGAGUAUAACAACGACUGAGAGUACAAUAACGAGUAUGCAAACGAAUGAGGGAACAAGUUUGAGAAUGAUAGAGAAAACGAGUAUGGGAGUGAUUGAGGCAUCGCCUUCGAGUCCAUUAUCGACUCCGAGUAAGACUAUGAGUACGAGUAUGACAACGCGUAUGGUAAUGAGUACGAAUAUAGCAACGAGUAUGGCAAUGAUUACGACAGCGAUUAUGGCUAGGACUACGACUACGAGUACGACAACGAGUACGAGCAAAAUCGUACUCGAGCAUGAGUGCUUAGAGUACUUUGCCCAGCUCUGGUUUCAAACUACUUACGUAGUUGGUAUGGGUUCACAAUCAGUAGCAGUAGCCGAUGUGAACAGUGAUAAUAAACCUGAUAUUAUCGUCGCAAACUAUGGUACAAACACAAUCAGUGUUCUCCUACACUGUUAA